AUGCCAGCGGCAUCUGGCUCGAAAUGCUCGGAUCCGCAAACCGCCCUUCUACGAGCUCCAAGCACCACGUCUGAAAUUGUGGCCAGUGUACUUGUGGGUGAAACCGAAUCGGUUCGAUUAGACGCUAGCCAAGAGGCUGUUCCGGAACCAGCCGAGACCAAGAAUUCGCAAGAGACACCGUCGACAGCCACGACAGCUGAAUCAUCUCCGGCGGAAGCUGAUGAAGAUGCCCGGGUAGUUACCGUACCAUCCGGAAAUGAUCUCUUCGCUGAGAACUUGAUUCUACGACAAUGUAUAAACGAGACAAGUCAGAUGCAGAACGACCUCACCCAGGAUGUUGAGAAGAUGUGGCAAUUGAAAACGGAACUUGAAAAUGCGGUCGAAGCCCUCAAGGGUGAAAUAUGGUCGCUUAAUGGCCAGCUCAAAGCGUCUAUCCUGGAUCGAGAACAACUGCAAGAUCGAGUGGUAGAAUUGGAUUCAUCGCUUGCAGCAGAGAAGAAGAGAGCCGAUGCUCUUGAUUGUGAACUGUCAGAGCAGACCGAGCUUACCGAGAAAGCUUCCCGUCAAGCAGCAGAAGCUGAGAAUGAAAGCAACCGUCGCCUGGCUGAAUGUCUCGAGAUGGAGACUCGAAGGUUCGAAAUAUUUAUUAAUCCUUCGAGUGUCCAGGAUUCAGGUCUUAAAGAGAGCAGGUGGAAAAGGCAUAUGCUCAACUUAAGCGAAUACUACAGUCAACUGCAGGCCGCCUACAAUGUGAUCUAUGCCAAGUUGAAGCAAAUCGAAACGGAAAAGGCCGUUGUUGAGAAGGAACAGCAGGUAAUU